UCGGUCAAAAACAAGAUGGCGACUUACAUGAGAGUUCGAGGGGUGUUUCUGCGGUUUUGAUUGUUUAUCGCGGGCAGUGGCAGUGCAUCACCUAAGGCCAAUACACAUCAUGGGCCUGACGUACCUUCUUCUAUAUGGCUGUAUCAUUGCAGUUUUUAUUCUGAUUUUGUCAAAAAUCUGCGCUGGUAUUCUGUCCAAAGUUCUAAGCCAGAUCUUAAAGAAGGAGGUUAGCAUUGACUAUAUUGGCUUCUUCUCUCUCAAGAAUGUCUCCAUCCAGCUGCACAAGAGCAGUGUGGUUCUCGAUGACAUUUGGAUAUCAUGGCGUCUUUUUAACCCCAGCCAAAACUACCGGAUGGCGUUGCACCUCGGUGACGUGAGAGUGCGCGCUGAGAUGCAGAAUGAUUCCCAAGGAACUGCACGGCAUGAGAGGGGCGAAGAAGCUGCCAAGCCAGGUAGAAAAGGAUCAUCACUUCUUGAUUCCAGCUAUUUCACAUCAGCAGUUAGGUUCAUUACAAAGACGAUGUGCCUAAAUGUGGAAGCGCUCAACAUCAUGUUACUGAAUGCCAUGGGAACAGACUCGUUGCUUCACGUCACCAUCAAGAACAUUUCCCUGGCUGGUGCUCCACUUACAGAGCAAAUCAUCUCCACUGAUCUGGAAGUGCAGGAGAUAUCACUUAGAAUGCUUCGCAGUGCUAACUCUGAUGCAGGGGAGCAAUCACACAUGGCGCAUGCCUCAACGAGCCUGAAGGUAUCUGCGCAGCUGGACUUUAUCAUGAAGAAAAUCCUGGGAAUUUCUGUCAAUGUUGGAACCCCACGAGUCUCAUUACAAGAUGGUUUUAUGACGCAGAUUCUCCAGACAUUUCCCAAGACAGCAAUAGGCAGUGAUGCACUAGAACCACAACGGAUCCAGCAGCCAAAGCCUGUUGAGGAGAGGAUUAGAGCAAUCAUGCUGAGAUUACCCAGGGAUGCCAAGUUACAGAUUGACGAUAUCGACUGCCAAGUUGUGAUCCAGAGUGAACAAAGGCGCCUGACCUUAACAACAAAGCAGCUCUUAGUGACUGCUGAUGUUAAUGUCGACAAGCUGAUAGAAUGCACCAAGACAAAAGGUCUCCUGCUGCCAGGAAUAUCCUGCUUGUUCAAACUCACAGAUGUGCAGAUGACCAAUAUGCAGUCAUUGAAGUUACUUUCCAUCAGCGACACGUCAGUGUCACUCCAGCUACGAGAGACAGGUGUGUAUUCAGACCUGGUCCUAAGACAUUGUCAUGUCCACUACCUUGAUGAUGAGAUGACUUUCUGGCUGGCGACCAUUCAGGAGCAAAUAAAACUACAAAAGGCAAAACAGAACACACUUUUCCCCACAAGAACUCCAGCCAACGUCCAGUCGAAGCCCUCAAAGCAAACAGUCACCUCCAGUCUCUUCCAAGAGCUCAUUUUGCCCUUUGACCUGACCCUUGACCUGAGUGACAUGUCAACUCACAUGACAUGGCCAAAUGUUCCUGACUGUGCUGUUUCCAUUGUAACAUUGAAGACUGGCACCAGAAUCACAACAGACGCAGGCUCAACUCCAAAGAAACCGCUUAGGUAUAUCAGGGCCAAUAUGCAAGGAGAUCAUAUCAUCUGCCAGGUCGGUGACACCGUCCGUACUCCAAACGGAGUCACGUCACCUUCGAGACAUAUAUGGGGCACACCCCUGGCUGUCAACAUCAUCAAAUUGAAGGUUAAUUUCACGCCCUACUCCAUUGAAGUCGAGGGGUCAGUGAACUCCCUCCAGGUUGAGUCGUGUCUGGAGCUGCACUCUGUCGUCGAGCACGUCCUGAAAGUGACCCUGGGAUGGAAGGCCAAAGGUCAGGACAUGGAGAGGCAGAAGGUCACCGUGGAGGCCGGGCUUGGUCCCAAGCAGCAGACGCACAGAGUCAACGUCAGACUGACCGACUUCAAUGCUUUUCUGUGCAGCGAUGUGAAAGAGUUCAUCAUGCUGAGAGUUGACGAUGUGGACGUUGACUCAGAAUCUGAUGGGGACUCGACCGUGGUCGUCAUGGGAACCAAAUUACUAGGAGUAACAAAAGAUAGCAAGGUCAUUGACUGUGUUGAGUACAAGUCACUCCCCGAAGCAAUACUUGAUGUGACGCUGAUCAACCUGAAAUACACCUCAGCAUCUAAGACAUUGAAUGCUGUGAUUGAAGAGACGUGCUGUGCUCACUGGAACACUACAAGUCACAUGACCAUGUACCAUCAUGUCAAAGAGGUUGUCUUGUUUGGCUUGAAGGUCAAAGGAUUGCUUCCAAAGAGAGAGAGGGUCAUCUUAAGUCCAGAAGCUCAGAAGAUGAGGGCAGCAGCAGGCACUUCCAAAGACCUGUGUAUCUGCCUCAACGUCAAAUUGGUGGAAUUCUUCUAUCACGUCAGUCCAUCAAAGCUAAAUGUCAUAUCAGUGAAGGAGUUCUAUGCUACCAAGCAGGGCUCUUCACUCCUCAAGGCAACCUCCCCAGAGUGCAUCAUUGGGUUCGAGGGUCAUCCGGUAUUUGUCAUUAAGUCCGCAUGUAUUGAGAAACUAGUGAACAGCCAGCAAUUACUGGAGGAUAGAAAAAGCUUUGAUUCACUGACAACACCAACAAACAGAGCAUGGGGUGUCUAUGGCAAAUCAGUUAAUAUGGAGUUUCCCUACAGUUAUGACUUUGCUUCCAAUUAUGAUGAGAUCAUUAACCUGAUCAAGUGGCUAAAGAGCUUGCAUAUGCACAAGAAAGACCGUUCCAUUGAAGAACCUCUGUAUGCUGACGUCCUUGUCAGGGUCCAGACAUUCGUGCUCAAGCUGCACGAUGAUCCAUUUGAAGUCAAGCUGGGAGACAACUAUCAGCUGAUGAAAGACGAGCGCUUGGAGAGUGAGCGGCGACGGGAGUUGAUGGACAACAAGGUAGCAGAGCUACGCCAGACCCAUGGAGAACUUCUGUCAGGUAGAAAAACCAAGCGCGUUGAAGAGCUGUACAUCUCACUGGAAAGGAAGAAUAUGGACAUCUACAUCAAACGCUCCCAGCGGCUCUAUUCCAACUCACCAGGCCCUCAGGCCCUCCUGACGCUGACGCUGACGGGAGCCGAGAUAAGCGCCCUGGCAGACCCCUCCAUGAACGGGACGACAAACAUAGUGAGACUGAUGAGAGAGAUUGACAGUGCCAGCCCUUACCCUGUGGAUGGCUUGGAAUUCACCACGUUGUUUUGCCGCCUCGUACGUGGUCAUGCUAAGAUGCUAGACCUGCAGCUUCGUGGAUACCCACAAAGUAUCUGGAAGAUCAGUGACUGGCACUUCUGGGGAAGGCUGAUAGGUGCUGAGCAAGCGGGAACUCCCAGAGCAAAGCGUGAAAGCAUCGUCAAGGUGGGGGAGCCGUGGGGUGAUGCUAAAGUCACGAGGAGUAUGCCACCAUUGAAAUUCUUUCAUGAUAUGGCGACAGAUGCGACCGAGAUGCAUAUUGCCUGGGGUCCCUGCAUUGAACCUGCCUGGGCACAGGUAGGCCUGGCUAUGGAUAUGCUGAACAAGGCCAGCGUGGACCCUAGCCAGCCCAUGCCUUUCUGGGACAAGACACGGCUCUUGCUCCACGGCCGGCUCAUAGCCUCAGUCCAGAAGUGCAACCUGCUAUGGCUGUCCACCCGAGACCCCUAUGUGUCUACUGAACAGCUGGACAUGGAGUGGCAAAAUAUCUACAUGGACUGGACCAACGCCCAUUUCUUGGUGAAAGGAGAUCUUGACGUCUAUGUCCGCACUGCCUCAAAGUACGAUGAUGUCCGAUUUAUGCACCUACCAAACUUCAGACUGGAAAUUGGCAUUGCAUGGUUGUGCUUUGGUGAUCCUGACGACCAUCACUCGGUGUUGCCUUGUGCCCCAGACAAAGUCCCUGACCACUCUAGGAACGAGAAACAUGACUCAUAUGCAGCCUUCCGUUCGCAAAAUCUCAACAUGAACAUAUCGCUAGAUAUAAAAGGAUAUGAACAGGAAGGGGAGGAGCCAGACAUCGCAGGCGCUUUGUUCUAUAGCACGACCAUGAGAUGGCUUCAGAUGUUCCAGGCAAUCAGUUUUGUGGGAGCGACCCGACCAACUAGACGAGGCAAACUGUUCAACAACACCAGGCCAAGGAAGCCUACGCUUGGGAGACAUUACAAGAACAUUGACUUCAAGGCCAGCUUCCCCACAGUGACUCUCAAUUACUGGGCCUCGGUGGCAAGGCAGAGGGGUAUUGAGAUGUGCUUGGGGCAGGGCAGUCUGGGCUUCCGCUACAAUCUGCAGCUGAAUGACGUGCCAGACGGACUCAUCCACAGGCCCAACGCUGAUUGGUCCAUUGCGGAGAUGAAUGCUGAGAUAGGGGAGAGCCACGCCUACCUGUAUACAUCACAGACAGAUGAACAGGCAAGAGUCCACUUAGUAUUGAAUUCUAUGGCAGAAAAACAUCAUGUGGCCAGCGUUUCAAGGGUCAUGUACUGCAGACAGCAGAGCAGAACCACCAACCUGGAGGACUUGAGUUGCACCCCUUCAGAUGAUGAAGACAUCAUGGAAGAGGAGAGAGACAAUACUGCAAAUGAAGAAAGAGACUUCAUCCACAAGUUGGUGGUGCAUGAGUUGCGUGUCUCCUGGACCAGGUUUAACAGAGAUGCAGUGCUGGGACUAUAUGACACCUACAACAAGUCACAGAUGCUGAAGAACAAUUUGUCAACAGAAGCCCUGAAAGGAGUAAAAGUGGAGAGUACAGCAACCACAAGAUUGCAGCAGAAUGUUGCCACACCCACCCCAAACCCACUGGCAUCUGCUAACACGCCCAGUCCUAUGAGUAAACUCCAGACGGGUCAUGGUGCCACCAUGCUACACCAGCUACUCUCAGAGACUAACACCAAAUUCAUUGUCUUCUCAGAAGAGACUUCAGGCAGCAGUGACAAGCUACAGGGUGUCAAGGCGUGUACAACCAAAGAUGUUACCAUGAAGAACUGGCUCAUUGAGCUGGAGAACAGCCAGGUCAUGUUGAAAGGUUGCGAAGCCUCGGGCUAUGUCAUCGUCUGUGCGUCCAGUGCCCAGGUUAUGCAUUGUUCCCACCUGCCCGCAUGGAGGGAAGGUCACCUGACCAACAAGACCAGCUGGGUGGGCAAGUUGGACGGACUGCAGUAUUUUGCCACUGUGGAGACACCUUCCUCCAGCUCCAAAGAUGACGUCCAGUGGCUCCCCGUCUCCAUCAUCGAGCCUAGCCCCCAGCGGGUGACAGAUGUGCCAGACAUGGUGGGCAGCGGUGAGUCUGUGGGUGGGGUCGUCAGCGACACGGUGGGGGCAUCGUUAGAGGACGUGGACCAGGAGUCGGUGCAGCUACAGCGGAUUGCCUCCCGCUGCAGCUGUCAGUUCUACUACGCCAGCUACGGUGGGGAAGUGAGCCGCAGUGUGGCAGCCGAGAUGCUGAAAUCUGACAGUGGUCAGGAUGAAGAGUCGGACGGUGUCUUCAGCAAAGAGGAAGCGGUAAAUUCCAUGACCCUGAUGUACCAUGACCUCCAGAUGUGCACCAACUCGGCCCAGUAUGCCAUGAUCUUGGACAUCAUAAACAAUCUCCUGCUCUAUGUUGAGCCCAAAGUCAAGGAAGCCAUGGCGAGGAUGCAACACAUGCGGUUUGCUCUUGAGCUGUCCAGCAUUGAUGACCAGAAGGAACCAAUCAUGCAGUUGCAGAACUCACUCAGGAACCUUGUGUUACAGCUGCGGCAAUUGGAGAAGGAUCUGUAUCUGGCCCAGAGAGCACUAGAGGAAUCCCCUUCAGAUCAGAGUAUGCUGGGUCAGAUUGCUGAUAUCGAAUUACAGGUCAAUGAAUGCAAAGAAUCCUUGGCAAAUGCCAGUGAAGACCUCAGGAUCAUGAUCAGUUGUUUCAAAGAGAUUCAGUUACAGAGGGCUGUGAAGAGGAAGUUACAAACAUCCCAAGGCCCUCAGGUAUCUCGGCGUGUUGAAGUGUGCUUUGGUUCAGCUAAGUGGAGACUAACCGAGGAAGAUGGGCAGCUUGGAAUGGCAGAUGUUGAACUCAGACAGUUCAAAUACACCCGCACCACCAAGAACGAUGACUCCAGCGAAAAUCUGGCCGAGUUGGGCUGGGUGACCAUCAACAAUCUCCUGGCCAAUGAUGUCUACAAGGAUGUGCUUAGACCACAGGACACCAGUGGAAAGACCAAGCAAGUUGCCCUGAGGGUCAUUGCAAGGGGCAAGCCACCAGUUGGUGGUAUCUCGGUCCAAGAGAACUUUGAGCUGAGCGUGGUUCCUCUGACCAUCCAACUGACGUACAAGUUCUUCAAAAAGAUGAUGGGCUUCUUCUUCCCAGGAAGAAAUGUGGACCAGGAGUCAAUACCAGAGGAGCAAGGCAAAGGUGGUGGGGAUGAUGAGUUGGAUGGCCUGGGAUCAUUCUCAAGGACGGGUAGUAUCAGGUCUACAAGCAGCGAGGAAUCAAUCACCUCACCAAGAGAUUCCUUCAAGGGCAAGAAAAAAGGAGGAACUUUCCAGAAGCUGAGGGAGUCAACCAUCAUUGACAAGAUGAAGGAAAGAGCAAGGAACAACAUGUUCUACAUCAUCAAGAUCCCCUCUGUGCCACUGUGUGUCAGCUAUAAGGGAGAGAAGGAGAAGAACAUUGAGGACGUGCAUAACUUCCACCUAGUCCUGCCAUCCCUGGAGUAUCACAACUGCACCUGGACCUGGUUGGAUUUGCUCAUGGUGCUCAAGAAAGAGUACAAGCAGGCACUGGUCUCGCAGGCUAUCAAGGAGAAGUUAAGGUUUAAAAUAGGACACAAGGAAGAGGGACCAUCAAGCUCUGACGCCAGAGAGGAUGUGGACAAGGCUAAGUUACUGAUGGGUGCCAAGGUUACCAAUAUUGCAACUGAGGAGAAGUCAUCUUCAAAAAGAGCUCUUUUUGGUAAAGGACAAAGUAACCAUUAAAACUAUGACAUGAAGUUACUAAUGACAAUGGUACAGCUACUGUCAUUGGACCUGUUGGAUUUCAUUUUUUGUGUUUCUCCAACCUUCAUGUGUGUCUUGGCAAUAUCAGUUUUCACUGUAGUAACUUUUGUAGUGAAACACAAAAUGUGGCCAAAGCAUUGUGUCUGCUUCCUUGACUCCAUUAUGUUUGUUCUAUGCCUAAAAGCUGUACUAUCAAACAACGACCUACUCACCUUGUAUUUUGCAAUAUUCAACUCUGAGAUUGAUAUUAACACUGGAGGCAUUUGACUUUGAUGAUGAAAGCAGAGAAAAAAUAUCACUACAUAUCUGUGCAAAGAAACUUUAUUACAAGCCGUUGUCUUUGUUGAAAAUAGCUUCUCUUCACAGUUAUCCUUUGGCACAAAUUUAAAUAAAUAUUUAUUUACCUGGCUAAAAAUUUUGUAUGUGAAAUAUGUAUCAGAUGAUAAGUGUAUUUUUCUUACUAUCUGGCAGAAUUUUACAUCUGAGUAUUCAGAAUUUGUAAUCAGCCAUCAUAAGCUCAGAUAUUUUUUCAAUAUUUCAGGUUUUAUGAUGGCAUUGUAGCAAAAAAAACACCUUUUUAUGAAACACUUUCUGUUUUGACAUUAACUAACUCAUCAAAUUGUAUUUGUCAUUUUUUUGCCUUGCCAAAUCUUUGUACAAGUUUCAGAUUACCUGUACAGAGUUAAUGAUUGAUCUGAUCAUUGGAUUCAAAGAUUUAUGUGAAAAAAAAUUACCAUCUUUGGACACAGAUUAUGUACUGCUGAGAAGUAAUUUUUGUAAGAUGUCUCCAAUAGCUAUUUCAAAUUUUCAAUUGUAAACUGCUCCCUGAAAUAGCAUUUUACACUUUUGGCCAUUGUUAUUUGGUUCAAUUAAGUUUUAUACACAAACAAGUAGGUUUUGGUUGAUUUUUUUAAUCCGAUGUUUCUAUUAUUCAAAAUUUUAUUUGAAAAAAUAUCAGAAUUUUCACUGAUUUGUAGGUCUGAUGUGUACUAAGGAGAGAAAAUUUGUAAAACAGUUCAAACAUUUUGGUAAUGUUAUUCCCAAAACCGGAUCCACACCAAAUUUUUUUUCCAGGGGGAGUGAGGGCAAAACAAGUAAGCAACGUCCUGGGUGCACUUUUGCAUGAACUGACCACACCAAGUACAAUUUAGCAACUGCUGAGAAACAUUUUCCUGAACAAAAUGGCUCUAUCCAUACA